CACUGUAAAGCUUGGAUUGAUCCCUAGAGAGAAUUUACCCUGACAAGCUUCGUUGCUGAAUAUAGUGAGUCCAUACUGUCCAUGGUGCAAAACUGAGCAGUCCAGUUUCAGGGGCACUACUCAUAAUUAUUGACGUAUCUGUCAAAUGGUAACCAUUUAGGAUCAGGAUACUCAGCAUUCCCCUGAUCCAGAUAGUGGUCACAGAAAACUGUACCACUACUAUCUGAUGGACACAAUGCUGCUUUGAUGAGUGUAAAGAAUAACCUGACCAAAAUAUGGCUGGUCUCCAUGAUAUGCUCGGCAAUAGUGAAGCUCAGCUUUUUUAAAAUUGCUUCUAGUCCUCCCAGCAGACCCCUCACCCACCCUGGUGAGCCCUUACUCCCCUCUCAGAUACUCCCUCCAUACAACUGGUGCUAUGUAUGGGCCACGACUGGGUGGGGGGUGGUGAGGACACAGCUGUAGUACCCAGCCUGGAUGGCUGAGACGUAAAUGCAUCUCUUUCAUAAACUGUUCAGUACGGAGGCUCUAGCCAAUGAGGGUGCAUCAAGCACUAAAAUGGCCAAGCCAAUGGCUGAGUAUCUGCCUGGUAUAUAAACAGAGAACAGACACCCCCAGAGCUGGGUGACCCCUAUUUUGGCUGUGGUGAACAGGAUCAGAUCCCAAGGACUGUUACCUCUAUUCUUGUCUGGUGUUCAGUGUUAGAAAGCAAUCAUGCCAUUCGGAAACACUCACAACAACUUCAAGCUCAACUACAAAGUUGAGGAAGAGUUCCCUAACUUGUCCCAGCACAACAACCAUAUGGCCAAGGCCCUGACCAAAGAAAUCUAUGCCAAGUUGAGGGACAAGCAGACACCCAGUGGCUACACCUUGGAUGAUGCCAUCCAGACAGGUGUCGACAACCCCGGUCACCCCUUCAUCAUGACGGUUGGCUUAGUUGCUGGUGAUGAGGAGUCCUAUGUGGUCUUCAAGGAUCUGUUUGACCCCGUCAUCUCUGACCGUCAUGGUGGAUACAAGCCCACUGACAAGCACAAGACCGACUUGAACUUCGAGAACCUGAAGGGUGGUGAUGACUUGGACCCCAACUAUGUUUUGUCAAGCCGUGUUAGAACCGGCCGCAGCAUCAAGGGAUUCACCCUGCCCCCCCACAACAGCCGCGGCGAGCGCAGAGCUAUUGAGAAGCUGUCCAUUGAGGCUCUGACCACCCUGGACGGUGAGUUCAAGGGAAAGUACUACCCCCUGAAGUCCAUGACUGAUGCCGAGCAGGAGCAGCUGAUCGCUGAUCAUUUCCUGUUUGACAAACCUGUCUCUCCCUUGCUCACCUGUGCUGGUAUGGCACGCGACUGGCCUGAUGCCAGAGGCAUCUGGCACAAUAACGACAAGACCUUCCUGGUCUGGGUGAACGAGGAGGAUCAUCUGCGCGUCAUCUCCAUGCAGAAGGGUGGCAACAUGAGGGAGGUCUUCAGGCGUUUCUGUGUAGGCCUGCAGAAGAUUGAGGAGAUCUUCAAGAAGCACAACCACGGCUUCAUGUGGAGCGAGCACCUGGGCUUCAUCCUGACCUGUCCCUCCAACCUGGGUACUGGCCUGCGUGGUGGUGUCCACGUCAAGCUGCCCAAGCUGAGCACACACCCCAAAUUUGAGGAGAUCCUCAACAGACUGCGUCUCCAGAAGCGUGGCACAGGUGGUGUGGACACAGCCUCUGUGGGUGGUGUGUUUGACAUCUCCAACGCUGACCGUCUGGGCUCCUCCGAGGUGGAGCAGGUCCAGCUGGUGGUUGACGGUGUCAAGCUGAUGGUUGAGAUGGAGAAGAAACUGGAGAAGGGGGAGCCCAUCGACAGCAUGAUUCCCGCCCAGAAGUAA